ACUUUCACUACGGUUGGUUUGAAAGUCGUUGUAGUAGAAUGUGGUGGAGGUAGUUUUUAUCUUUGUGUGAAAAUUAAGAUAAACGUUUACGAUGGAAUGGAGAUAUUUCAGUUGAAUGAACCGUUGGACGCAGAGGAUGAGCGUAAUUUCUUGUUCAUAAAAACAAUGAAAAGUGAUGAAUCACCAGUGUUCUAUCGAGAUCAUGUCGUUGACAAGUUGAUUCGAGUUUGUAUGAAAGAUGGCCGAAAAGAAUUGUCCCGAUCGAACGUUUAUGCAGCAUUGGAGAUUAUCAAACGAAGGCAAUAUAAAGCGUGGCUUAACGCAAAGGAUGAUGAAGAAAAAUCGAAAAUUGAAUUGGAUCCGUUCGUGAUUGCACGUAAAGCCAUUCGAAAUUGUCAUCCACUAAUGAAGUUACGCGGGGUAACCAGGGGUGAGCCAUCAUUUCUGAUUAUACCAAACUUCACUCUUACUUUUGAUCGUUUCGCUUGUUUUUUUCCAACUGUCAUUUUGUAUCUCAAUUCAAAUUGA